CAUUGACUUCUCUUGCUGCUUCUUGAAUGCGUAUCAGACAUUUGAUUGGGCAAUGUUUCAGAAAGCACACCAGAGAAAUAACACGUAAACGUCUUCGGUAGCUCUAGCUGUUCACUGCAUUGUUUCCUCCCACAACGUGCGGCUGUUUAUCUGCAACAUCCUCUGGUAUAUUGUAAGCUGAUUCCCGUAAAAACUCCGUGGCUGUUUUAAUUCAUGAUUUAUUGCAUUAUUGUUGUGCUCCUGGUUUCAAAUGCUGCAACUUACAGUAGGGCAAAAAUUUUGUUUUUCCCGAUUGGCAUACCGCAAUUAGUUUUACGCAAUGGACAAAAAGCGCAGCGUUGUGAAGCACACAGGAAAAUUGCUGGCCGUCUCCGCUCUGGAGAUCAUCUUGGGGAGUGUCGGAUUUGCCACAAAUUUCUACACUCUGUUUUAUGGCGCAUUAUCGGUCAGCAAUACUUUUCCGCUCUUUCAAGUGCUGACCUUUACCGUCACCCUACUCGGAUUUGUGCUACAGCUGCUCAGCGGCGCCUAUCGCGCCCUGGCCUGCCUGCUGCUCCGCCAGGGUCACGAGGACACCCCCCUCGAUAUGGUGCAUGUACGGGACAGCGACCUGCGCCUGACCAUCUUCCAAGGCGUUUAUGCCACGUGCCUCCUGGUUGUGUGGCUGUGCAGUGUGGCCAUGCAGGCCGACAAACUCAUCCCGGCUAUGGAUGUGGGGGCGGCCACCCAUCGGGUACUGCAGGAUGAUCCCAUCGGGCAUCUGAUCCUGCUGUGUCUGGUGCUGUCGCUGUUUGCCGGUAUGGAUGUGACGGUUGUGGCGGGCCGGCUGUGUCAACGCAUCGCUGAUGGUCUUCAGAAGCCGAGGCUGCAGACCAUCGCUAUCCAGCAACAGCAGCCGGAAACGUUACCGUCAGCUUAGAAGAGGAUGAUGGGAGGAUGCAAUUGUUUUAAUUGCUAAUACAAAAUAUGGUACUUCGCUUUGCUGACAUGUUUUAAUCGUUUGGCUUGUUUUUAUCCACUUCUUUUCGAACUGCGUCUCUGUACGCUUGACAUGCAUUGGUAUCACCGUUAUGUCCAAAGUCGUCGACCGGGUCAGUUCACCUGAUUCGGCGCUUCUACAGCUCUACAACACUACAACAUUUUUUAUUGUAGCUUUGUGUAGACGCUAUUGUUAAGCUUUUUUUAUAACAGUUUCAUGCGGAA